AAAAACGUUUAAGAAAAAACUAAAUCAAGGAAGAGAUUCUGCAGCUGUAGUUUGGCACGUUUUUGGGGGGGUUCUCAAACCGAGGACAUAGACGGGAAAAUAAACACAAAAUUGGGCACAUUUGCACUGUUUGCUUGCCCUGUAGGAAGUAUUUGAGAGAGCAGUCAUGGAGUCGGCCAUUCAGACUAUAGUUGGUGUCUUCCUGAAGUCAGCCAAGGGGAAGGAGAGUUUGGGAGGGAAUGACUUCCAGAAGCUGGUGAAGAGCCAACUCCACAACAUCAUGAUGGACACGGACAGCUCCGAGGCGGUGAAGAAAAUGCGACAGGGCCUGGACUCCAACCAGGACGGUAAAGUCAACUUCGAGGAGUACAUGGACCUGGUGGGCUACCUGGCAACCUCGCUGAGUGUGCAAUGUACUGCUGCCGUGGAGACGCCAGCCGAGAGCGCUGCCACCGCACCGGAGAUCGGGAGUACGCCAGCAGACGUAGAGGAAGAGAAGGCAGAAGCGGAGGCACAGCCAGAGGCAGCCACAGCUGUAGAGGAAGAGAAGGUUGAAGUGGUAGAAAAGGUGGAAGAGGCGGAAAAGGUGGAGGAGCCAGCAGCAGCUGGGGAGAAGAUAGAGGAGGCGUCAUAGGAGUUUAC